CGGGCUGGAGCUGGCGCCCCGGGCCGGAAGCGCGCGGGUCGCGCAGGGGCGGCCGCGGACAUGUGCAAGAUGUCCUUCAAGGAUGAAAGUGAUGAUACUUGAUUUGCCUCUGUUGAGAGGUCUUAAUAAAAAUAAUAGUUAAAAUAUACUGAUGUGCCUGAUUCUGAGCCAGAGGCACCUGGGCGCAUCUUCUGAAUCCUGAGGAAGACCCUUGAAAUGAAGGAAACUCCACUUGCCAAUGCCGCAUUCUGGGCAGCAAGGAGAGGAAACCUGGCUCUGCUCAGGCUGUUGUUGAACAGCGGUCGGGUGGAUGUGGACUGCAGGGACAGUGUACGGAUGGAUUCAUUUGGUAUAUGCAUGCCAAGGACACGCCGUUUCCCCUGCUGGCACGAGAGCAGCUCAUGAAUACAUUUCCCUUUGCGAUGCUUAUCUACUUUUUCAUGUUUGCCUGCUUUAUCCCUUGUAAAAGUCCAAGGUACCCUGCAUGGCACCACGCUCCUCAUGGUGGCCUCCUAUGCAGGCCACAUAGACUGUGUGAGGGAACUGGUUCUGCAAGGAGCAGACAUCAAUCUCCAGAGAGAGUCAGGUACAACUGCCCUGUUCUUUGCUGCCCAGCAAGGACAUAAUGAUGUCGUGAGAUUUCUCUUUGAAUUUGGAGCAUCUACUGAAUGUAGGACCAAAGAUGGGGGCACUGCCCUGUUGGCCGCCAGUCAGUAUGGGCACAUGCAGGUGGUUGAGACCCUGCUGAAGCACGGAGCCAAUAUCCACGACCAACUUUACGAUGGAGCCACUGCACUCUUCCUAGCUGCCCAGGGUGGUUACUUGGAUGUUAUUCGAUUACUGUUGUCUUCAGGAGCAAAAGUCAACCAGCCAAGGCAGGACGGGACGGCGCCGCUGUGGAUCGCAUCGCAGAUGGGCCAUAGCGAGGUGGUGAGGGUGAUGCUGCUGCGCGGAGCCGACCGGGACGCCGCCCGCAAUGAUGGUACCACAGCAUUGCUAAAAGCAGCCAACAAAGGGUAUAACGAUGUUAUAAAGGAGUUGCUAAAAUUCUCACCCACCCUUGGCAUUCUGAAGAAUGGGACAUCGGCCCUCCACGCUGCGGUGCUCAGUGGGAAUAUUAAAACAGUUGCACUGCUCCUGGAAGCCGGAGCAGACCCAGCCCUGAGAAACAAGGCCAAUGAACUUCCGGCAGAACUAACCAAAAACGAACGUAUCCUGCGUCUCCUCCGAAGUAAAGAAGGACACAGGAAGAGCUAACUUAGUUCCAUAUUUGACUGAAAGAUAGAAACCGUAAUCACAUUGUCCGAAAAGAAGUCACUUUUCAAAUAGUGUUGGAAAUUCCAUUAAGAAAGGAAAUGCUCAGAAUGCCCUCCCUGGGUCCCUGACCAAGGAGCGCUGGGCUCUGUGCCCUGAGUCAAGAACAGAAAGGCUCAGGGACCCCUUGCCCUCACUUAUGUGGGCUUCUCACACUGGCCUGCGCCCCCACUGCUGUGGGGCCUGGCAGAUUCGUGGAUUCCAUAGAAACUCGUUUUACACUACACUAAGGUGGGUCUCUCAGUUAAACUCUAAGACUUAAACCCUUGACAAGGUUUAAGCAAGAUGACAAAAGCCUUUAAAAUACUGAAAGUUUGAUCUUCAGUGAAUCAAAGCACUUUUACUUUUGCAUUAAAUGUCAGUGUGCAAAAAGAUACAGCUCCCUCAUGUUUUACACAUACAUGUAUGUCAUGCCAGCGUAAAAUGUUUUCUUCUCCCCAAAGGUUGUAGCCACGUUUAUUCUGAAUCAAUGAAGUGUAAAUUCACAUUAAAAAGCCACUUCUGACAUUCCACCAUGUGAUUUUCAAAGGUGGACUGUUGAACUAUAAAGAAGACAAAUUGUUGAUUUGUGAGUUGAUCCUCGUCUUAUUCCAAACACAUAAAAAAUCAUUUUUACCAAGAAUCAAUAUUGAGGUACGGUGGGAAGCAAGUGGCAAUUUGGGAAACGCAGAAAAUUACAAGCCAUGGGAAAUUGAGGCUUGUCUCUUUGAGCUUUUAUUUUGGUUCUCUCGUUGGGAAUCCGCUUCCCAUGCCAUAACUAAGUAGACUUCCUAUGCUGUGCAAUCCUGAGCUCCCAGCACCACAUUGCUUGACACAAUGACUUUGAGGUCCUUGGAUGAAAUGUGAUAUAUGCAAGUACAAUACGUUUCUAUUAUAUUGCAGGAGUAUAAGUAAUAAAAGACUGUUAUUAGUAUUUAAUAGGUGUUCAUCUAUGCAUGUUCUUGAGCUGAUUGAUUCCAAGAAAGAGACCUGAGUUUUAUUGAAUUAUUCCUUGGAGGGGAAUCAAAAUUUAUGUACAGUGCACUUUAUAAUCAAUGGUGUCUAAAUGCCUCAGUCAGUGCCUAAUUGCACACGCUAAAAUUAAACCGUCUUUCCAUAAUAAACCGUCUUUACCAUAAUAAACACUGAUGGCAUUUCUGGUAUUUAAAUACAUCUUUAGUUUUCUUUUCAUUUUCUGCUCUGGUUUCCAGGCAAUGUUCUGGAUGUUAAAGACAUGUUAACGUGGAAGAAAAUGUAAUCCCCACCGUUUUUUUUAACCAACUUGCAGUGGUCCUGAAAGCAUUAUCCUUAAGCCAGUAAAUGAUCAAAUAUAAUUUUUGAAAUUAGAAGAUACUCUCCUAAGGUUUGUUAUGAUUGAUAAAAUAAUCAAUCAACAGAAAUCAGCUUAUUUUAAUCAAUAUCACAAACAAAGGCUGUAAUGAGUCACCCACAGAGUCCCCAGGGAUGCCUAUAGCCUGACUAGCUAUGCAACAACUCAACAAUCUAAUUUCGGGAUAAAAAUUUAGAAAGAUCUGUCUGUAUUGCUAAAACACCCAGAUGUAAACCCUUUAGUAACUAUAAAGCAGUGCCAAUUUCCUCACUGACUUACUUAGCAAAGUACUAAGUACAAAUGCACACUUUCCCCCAUGGGAAUUUCAGAAAGCUGUGUUCAUUUUGAAGAGGAAAAUAGUGUGGCCUUAAAUGCUUUAUAUUUUUCCCCUUUUGUUAGCCCUUGGGCCAAAACUGAUUGCUGAUCACUGACAUAAAUCAAAACAGUAUUGUGGGUACUGAUAACAAAGUUCCAAAAGACAAAAUGGGAUGAAAUCAUGAACUUCAUGUUUUCACUAAGAUAUGUUGUCCUUGGCCUAUGUGUUGCAUUGUUUCAAGUGGAUAAUGUUCUUGAUCAACAUUAGAGCUGUAAGAAUGAAUCCAGUAGCUUUAACAAUAUUUAAUGGAUUAAAUAUUUAACAAUAUUUAAUCUCUUGCUAUAGGUAAGAGAUCUCUAGCCUAGAAGGAUCAGGUUUGGUCUGGAUGAGAUUAUGACAUUAUCCAUAACAGGGAAGAUGAUUGUAUUAACCAUGCACCAAAAACUAAAGUCUGUUAUUUGAAGUAAAAUUGCAUUUAUUUUGCACACAGGUAGAUGGUUCUUUUUUUUUUUUUUUUU